AUGGCUUCUUAUGAGUUGAAAAAUACGCACGGCGGCCAUGAGGCUAGGGAAGUGUCGAGUUGCGAUCGGGAUGAUUUUCAUUUGCAGAGGCUGGGUAAAGCGCCUGUGCUGAAGCGGAAUUUCGGGAUUCUUUCUAUCCUGGGGUUUAGUUGUACCAUUAUUGCGACCUGGGAAGGAUUGCUCGAUGGAGGGUCUGCGGGUGCGGUAUAUGCUUAUAUCUUUGCCUGGACAGGGACAACAUGUUGUUUCCUGGUAUUGUCAGAGUUGGCUUCAAUGGCGCCAACAUCAGGAGGCCAAUACCAUUGGUGUGCCAUGCUUGCACCGCCUAAAAGAAUGAAGUUCUGGAGCUACAUCACAGGCUGGCUUGCAGUAAUCGGCUGGCAAGCUGCGUUUGCAUCGACGGCUUUCCUUUGCGGAACUGAAAUCCAAGGUGCUGCGAUUCUCGCACACAAGAACUAUAAUGCAGAGGCAUACCAAGGUACUUUGAUCCUAUGGGCCAGUCUCAUCGUUGCACUGGCAGUGAACUUGGUCGGGGGUAAAUUUCUCCCCAGACUUGAGAAUAUGAUCCUGUGCGUUCAUAUUCUGGGCUUCUUUGGAAUUCUCAUUCCCUUGACAUACAUGGCGGAUCAUAAGACGAAAGAAGAGGUCUUUCUGAAGUUCACCAAUGGAGGUGGAUUUGCUACUGAUGGACUAUCUUGGUUCGUCGGAAUGACAGGUUGUGUCUUUGCAUUUGCCGGAGGCGAUGCAGCGGUCCACAUGGCGGAAGAGGUUGCAAAUGCGUCUCGCGCCAUUCCUCGCGCAAUCAUGCUCAGUAUCGCGAUAAAUGGCGCCCUUGGAUUCGGUAUGCUGAUUGCAGUCCUCUUUUGCAUGGGCGACCUCGAUGAUGCACUGAAUAGCGAAACUGGUUAUCCCUAUAUCGAGAUCUUCUAUCAGGCCACGAACUCUGUGUCCGGGUCGCUGGCUAUGGUGUCGAUCAAUUUGAUUAUUGCCGUUUGCUCUGUGAUCGGCAUGUUGGCUGCGACGUCUCGUCAGUUUUGGUCUUUUGCUCGCGACCGUGGUAUCCCAGGUUGGCGAUUGUGGAGUCGUGUUUCCGCGAGACAUCUGCCCACAUACUCUGUUUACCUGACUAUGACUGUCGCCUGGUUGCUUGGGCUGAUUAAUAUUGGUUCUUCAGUCGCCCUUGAUGAUAUCACGUCUAUGGCCGUCUCUGGUCUCUAUGCUUCGUAUCUCACCGUCGGUAUGUUGCUUCUGUACCGCCGCUGUCGGGGCGAUAUAAGCACAUCUGACGAUAACGACGACAUGGUCAUCAAUGUGCCUGGAGCAAAGCUUGUCUGGGGUCCCUUCCGUGUUCCUGGUAUCUUGGGAAUGUUGGUGAAUGGCUACGCAUGCAUCUACAUGAUCAUCGUGAUUUUCUUCAGCUUUUGGCCUUCGGAUAUGAGUCCCACGGUCGAAGAUAUGAACUACAGUGUUGUGGGCACUGUGGGUGUCAUCAUUCUCGCUGUGUUGUAUUAUUUCGUGCGGGCGCGGAAUGUGUAUCAGGGUCCGGUUAUGGAAGUUUCGAUGUGA